AUGCUCAAUGGGUCAAGCUCCCAGGCUGGCAAAAUCUGGAAGAAGGCAGUCCUAACCUUCUCCCUUGAUGGCAAACAUAUGACCAAGACUUUCCUUAUAUGCAAUACAGGGUCUCACGCUGCUAUCUUGGGAUUGAAAUGGUUGGAUGCUCAUAACCCAGAGAUUGACUGGAAUCAACACACCCUUAUGUUUCCCCAUGAACUGCCAAAACACGUGGCUAUUGCCAAAGAAGAGGAAGCGUGA